ACAACCGUGCGGGCGGAAGCUGCUGCGCGUGUCGCUGUGGAAAGGGAAAGUGUAGGAGAGCGGAGCUUCGACUCGAAACCUCGCAAGCAGCAGCCCCAGCACACAGGCACAGUACGCGUGGAAAGGAGAGUGUAUAUCUGUGUAUGCGCGUGUGUGUGCGUGUGAGAGAGAGGUGUGGGUGACAGUCCCAUAGAACAGCGUUUCCAGGCAACCGGCCCGACAGUCGGCUCGCGCUCCUUCAAGUCGAACUGCACAACACCGUGCGAAAUCCGCUAUUUAGCCUACAGUGUACUAUUCCUCUACUUCGUUCCACUGUAGACGAGCGGGGAUUCGUCCACAUCCAAGCUUGCUUUGCAGAGCACCCCCGGUGGUGCUUUGCGUGCUGGAGGGGAGUGUCGUUUUGCAGAAUAUGCAGUAAAAAUGAAAUUAUUUUCGGUACAAUGAGACAGUAAGGGGGUACCUCGCUCUUCCCGUGGCUCUACCCAACGGGGUUGGAUCUAUAUAUUUUUUUCCCUUCGUUAGGAUGGGGAAGGAGCAAGAGCUACUGGAAGCGGCCCGGACUGGGAACGUAAUCUUAGUGGAAAAAUUACUAAGCGGUAAAAAAGGAUUACUGGGCACGUCAUCUGGAUCCAUACCGCUACCGAGUUUGCUGAGUAUCUGGCGAGGUCUGAACGUGAACUGCAUCGACAGCACCGGGUACACCCCCCUGCACCACGCCUCCCUCAACGGACACAGGGACGUGGUCCUGAAGCUGCUGCAGUAUGAGGCCUCCACCAACGUGGCCGACAGCAAAGGCUGCUUCCCCCUGCACCUGGCCGCCUGGAAGGGGGACGUGGAGAUCGUCCGGAUCCUGAUCAACCACGGCCCCUCCCACUGCCGGGUCAACGAGCAGAACCACGAGAAGGAGACGGCGCUGCACUGCGCGGCGCAGUACGGACAUUCGGAGGUGGUGUCGGUGCUGCUGCAGGAGCUGACGGACCCGGCCAUGCGGAACAGCCGCGGCGAGACGCCGCUGGACCUGGCGGCGCUGUACGGCCGGCUGCAGGUGGUGCGCAUGCUGGUCAACGCCCACCCCAACCUGAUGGGCUGCAGCACGCGCCGGCACACGCCCCUGCACCUGGCCGCCCGCAACGGCCACCGGGCCGCCGUGCAGGUGCUGCUGGAGGCCGGCAUGGACGUCAACUGCCAGACGGAGAAGGGUAGUGCCCUUCAUGAGGCCGCUCUUUUUGGGAAGAUGGACGUGGUGCGGCUCCUGCUAGAUUCAGGAAUCGAUGCCAAUAUCCGAGACUGCCAAGGAAGAACCGCCCUGGAGAUACUGAGGGAACACCCAGCACAGAAGUCCCAGCAAAUCACUGCGCUCAUACAAGAGUACAUGAUGGAGGACUUGGACAGUAAGAGCGUAGCGGAGGAGCCCGUUCGGCAGUGUCCUGUCCCCACUCCCCGCACGUCCGUGUCAACGCCAGCUGCCUCGCCCUCCCUCAAGAUCAAAAAUGACGCAGUGACAGGAGAGCUGUCGAAGUUGCUGAAUGAGAUUAAGAUGUGUCGAGACAAGGACUACUCCUUCGAGGACCUGUGCCAGACCAUCUCCUCCCACUCCAUGGAGAGCUUCGGGAGCGGUCGUCUGUCCGACGAGGAGCGCAACAGCACACUCAACAAAGUCAGCAAGCGCCCUUCCCCUCCCCUCGCCCCUGCCCAGGAGGAAGAUGAAGGGGAGAAGAGCUGCGGUCCAGCUGGCUUCUGGGAGGCGCUCACGCCCUGCAAUGGCUGCCGCAACCUGGGCUUCCCUGGGCUGUCUCAGGACUCCAAGCGGGCCGCGGAGAUCGUUCCGUCGCCGUCGCUAGACGUCUUUCUCCCCGAGGACGAGGACAACCCCUACGAGUUCGUCGCCACCGCCGUCACCCGCAAACCGUGCUCGCUGGACAUAACCCGCCCGACCGCCUGCUCCAAGAACGACCAUUCCCCCCAUGUGACCGUCACAGAGCCCAAGCUUGGUAACCAUGGGAACCACUCCACGGGCCCGACUCCAGACUGCUCACCCCCCUCCCCCGACACCGCGCUGAAGAACAUCGAGAAAGUGAUCCGCCCACAGCCAAAGCAGCGCACGUCCUUGUCGUCAUCGCAGGACGUCCAAAGGCCGAACCACAGCUACGACCCCUCAGAGGUGAGCUCCUCUCUGGGGUACGCCAGCUUCACCACCAGCCCCCCCGUCAGCCCUCCCGUCAGCCCCGCCAACUACUCCACCGGCUCCGCGGAGGACUGCGGCCUGACAGAGGAGCCCGCGUGUCAGAGGGAGGCGCCGGCGGAGCGCAGUUUUCGGGACUCCCACGUCCCGGAGCAGUUCGCCGGGCUGCUGCACGGCUCGUCCCCGGCCUGCGAGUCCCCGGACAACCCCUUCCAGCUGUACGGCAAGGUACGCAAGCUCAGCGCCCCGGAGCCCGUCCCCGCCCACCGCCAGGGAAACCUGCUGCAGGCGCCCAGCCUGGGCGUGCCCCUCCCCCUCCCGCGCGCGGACAGCGAGGCCUCGGGCCUGAGGGCCCCGCGGGAGCCCAAGCCCCAGGUGGUGUACAGGACCAUCUUCCACACCCGGGUGAACCAGGACCAGGCGGAGCGCGCGUGCCCCCCCGCCGGGGCGCGGCAUGUGAGGAACGGGGAGGCGGCCGGCGGGACGAGCGCGACAGGCGCCGGGUUCGAGGAGCGCGCCUGCACCCUGGGGAGGAUGCGCUCCGUCCCCAGGAACGUGCUGGACCUGCAGCUCUCCAGAAACUUCUCCAAGUCCGAGUCCAACCUCAUCUCCGUCUCCCCCAUCGAGGAGGAGCUGCGGCCGGGGCGGGCCCCGCCCAACCCGGCCGGCAAGCUGGAGAGGACCCCCUCCUUCACCGCCGAGUGGGAGGAGAUCGAUAAGAUCAUGAGCUCCAUCGGCGCGGGGAUCGGCACGGGGCUGAGGGAGAUCCAGGAAGACCAAUCAGGCCCCCGCUGCCCCGUCCAGUCCGUGGGCCAGUGGCUGGACAACAUCGGGCUGGUCCAGUACGAGAACCACCUGCUGGCCAACGGCUUCGACAGCGUGCAGUUCAUGGGCAGCAAUGUUGUGGAGGACCAGGACCUGCUGGAGAUUGGGAUCCUCAACUCAGCCCACAGACAGCGCCUCUUGCAGGCCAUCCGCCUCCUGCCCAGGGUGCGGCCGGUUGGAUAUGACGGGAACAACCCCACGUCGGUGGCCGAGUGGCUGGAGUCCCUGGAGCUGGGCGACUACACCAAGUCCUUCCUGAUCAAUGGAUACACCUCCAUGGAGCUGGUCAAGAAGAUCUGGGAGAUCGAGCUCAUAAAUGUGCUGAAGAUCAGCCUGAUCGGACACAGGAAACGGAUUUUGGCUUCGCUCGGAGACCGGCUACACGAAGACCCGCCCCAGAAACCACCCCGGGCCAUCUCCUUAAGGGAGCCGACCGGGAACCACACCCCGCCGCAGCUCUCGCCGUCGCCCGGGCAGAGCGCGUACACGGCCGCCGGCUCGCUGGACGUGCAGCACCUCAUCAUGCAGGCCGACGCCCGCCGCCGCCGCAAUGACACCUACUUCGACGACGUGCCGCGCUCCAAGCUGGAGAGGCAGAUGGCCCAAGUCAGUAUGCAAGGCGAGUGGUGUGAGCCAAUCACGUUGCGGCCGCCCAACGAGGCGACGUCAUCCACGCCGGUGCAGUACUGGCAGCACCACCCGGAGAAGCUCAUCUUCCAGUCAUGUGACUACGAGGCCUACUAUCUGGGCUCCAUGCUGGUGAAAGAGCUGAGAGGAACAGAGUCCACGCAGGACGCCUGCUCCAAAAUGAGGAAGUCUACAGACCAGAUGAAGAAGAUCCCAACGAUUGUCCUCUCAGUCUCCUACAAGGGCGUCAAGUUCAUUGAUGCCACCAACAAGAACAUCAUCGCUGAGCACGAGAUCCGCAACAUCUCCUGCGCUGCCCAGGACCCGGAGGACCUCUCCACGUUCGCCUACAUCACCAAAGACCUCAAGUCCAGUCACCACUACUGCCACGUGUUCACCGCCUUCGAUGUGAACCUAGCCUAUGAGAUCAUCCUGACGCUGGGCCAGGCCUUCGAGGUGGCGUACCAGCUGGCCCUCCAGGCGCGGAAGAGCGGGCACGGUUCCUCCACGCUGCCCGAGAGCUUCGACAGCAAGCCCGGCAAACCCGUGCCCAAGCCCCGCGUCAACAUCCGCAAGACCGUCAUGCCCCCCUCUAGCCACUGGUCCCUGGGGCUCACACACACCCCCCACCGGCCUCCUCUUCACCCUCUUCUUCCUUCACGACUCCUCCAUCCUCACAAAGUUCAAUUUCAGAUGGAGCAGCCCUCGAUGGAUCAAAAGGGCCACGCCAAUGUGCCAUGGAUAGUGGAGCCAGGGCAGGAGGCCAAGAGAGGAGUCAACACCAAGGCAGUGCCGGACGCUCAUGUCUUUUACUGUGGAAUGCAAAGAAUGUAGCCAGCCCUAAACAUGGACCCAAUUUACACACAGUGUUAAAGGACUACAGCCCUAAAAUGGACCCCUCUCACAGACACAGUGUUAGAGGACUUCAACCCUAAACGUGGACCCUUCUCAAAGACACAAUUCUAAAGGACUACAACCCUAAAAUGGACCCUUCUCAAAGACACAAUUCUAAAGGACUACAACCCUAAAAUGGACCCUUCUCACAGAUGGCGUUGAAGGACUACAGCCUUAAAUAUGGACCCUUCUCACAAACACAAUGCUAAAGGACUACAGCCCUAAAAUGGACCCUUCUCACAGAUGAUGCUGAAGGACUACAACUCCAAACAUGGACCCUUCCCACAGACAGCGUUAAAAGACUACACCCAUAAACCUGGACCUCGCAGGUAGACCUUUCUCUCAGACGAAGGACCACAGGACCCCAACGUCAACCUACUAACAAGCACACAUGGCGAUAUAGGACUACAGAGUUUACAGAAGCAGUUUUUGCUGAAAGUACAAUUUUUAUUUGAAGAUACCACGGGUAUGAUUAUAGCCCCAAACUCCAGCUCCAAUCCCCCCAGCAGAGGCUUGACAUCGUAACGCCCCCCCCCCCUGUUGCCUGGGAGGAGGAACCCACAAGUUCAACCUUCAAACCCUUUUUGGACAGCUGCAUUGCCUCGGAAACGGUAACCACGGUAACCUGAGGUAACUUGAGACGCGCAACCUUACCAGCUGUCUCAUAUCAAAGCACCAACGAGGGACGUCCAACUCAGCACGGGAUAACUGACUUCUAAUUCUGCUUUUUUAUUUAGAGAUUUGGGGGAUUUUUUUUGUUGUUGUUGUUGUUGUUCAAGACCACGUUAUGAAUAUGAAUUUGAAUAUGCACAAUGUGAAUGGACUGGUCUUGCAGGACUGCCCCAAGUCAGGAAUGUCCUGGUGUGUUGGGCACCAGCACUGAGCACCAUGGGAAAGGGUGGUAGAUGGUUCCUAAUAACCGAGAUGCCAUCCAGUUCAAUAAUCAUUCUGCCAGAACAUUCAAUGUUUAAUAAGAUUACUACUUAUAUUACCAUUAUUAAUUAUUAUCAUUAUUAUUAUUGUGCAAUUAUGGUCAAUGUUGUCUUAAUGUUACAUUAUUUUUAUAUGAUAUGCUGAAUGGAAGCUGGGCUUAAAUGUUUUCCAUCCAAAAAAAAUAUAUAUAUAAUUACAUACUGUAAGCGCAGCCCCUGAAUGUGCAUAUGGCUACAGCGAACUCGGGUUCGAGAUGACAACCCAGCUGUUUAACUUACACUGAACUCGGGAAACUGAAACGAAAACAAUGUAUAAUUUCUUGUGGGGCUGAAACUGUAAUUAAAAGUCAGAUGUAUUAUUUUAACACAGUAUUACUAUACGAGAAUAAAAAAAGCAGUCCUCUUGUAAAUAGAUAUUUUGCCAAUUCAUUCCUCAAAUGUAAUGUAAUGAAACUAGCAGGACAUCGCACUGGAAACAUGGUACCAAUUUAAAAAAAAUCAGAGAAAAGAGAUUGUUCAAGGGGCAGUUGAUGGUGACCUCUCUGCAGACUAACACUUGUACAUAGGCUUGGUCUUCCAGUACACAGAUUUUGUAAUUUUGGUCAUUAUUUAUAUCCUUGUAAAGCACAUGGAAUAAACAUGACUUGUACAACCAUCA